AUGGGAAAGGCAAAGCCUGCGAAGCAUACGGCUAAGGAGAUUGCAACAAAGGUGGCUGCAGCGACAACUAACAUGGGUGGAGGCAAGCUUGGGCAAGAGGACCGCCUGGGCGGGAAGGCGGGGCACGCCAAGUUCCAAUGUCACAUUUGCAAGCAAACAGCGCCGGACUUGAAGAGCAUGCAGAUGCACCACGAGGCCCGUCACCCUAAGGAGGCCUGGGAGCCGGAGAAAUGCACGGACUUGCACGCCGUACACGGUGGUACGACCAAGGGGGUAGCUGUGCGCGGCAGCAACAAGAAGUAA